CUUUCUCGUGCGUGGCGAAGGAGUCGCUUUGAAGGCCUUUCUCCCCACAGUUAGCUUCUCUAACGUUCCCAUAUCACACACAGAUCGAAAGGUAAGAGAAGAGGGCGAGGGGGGUUGACUAGAGCUCGCACGCCUCUCUGACUCCCCUUUCCGCUCCUUCCUCCAUCCCACAGCGAAGACAUGGCGCAGUUCCUCGUCUCUGUUCGCCGCCGUCCUCUUGUGUCGAUCCUUCUGACUUUGCCCUUCCUCAUCUUUCUCACCGCCCUCGUCGAUGCCGAGGUGCGGAAUCUCAAAGGGAGAGGGGGCGGCUUCAGCAGCGGUGGAGGGUACUCCUCCUCUAGCAGCUACAGCAGCAGGCCCUCAUCGUCAUAUGGCGGCUCAUCGUCAUACGGCGGAUACAGCAGCAGCUCAUCCAGCUCAUCCGCAGCAGCUGGCUUCGUCGGCGGCUACAUAGCCGGCAGCAUGAGCAGCGGCGGUGGCUCGUCAAGCUCGAGGCGCAGCCACAGAAGCGGCAACUCCACCAGCACCGACUCACAAAGCGAGUGCAGGGAUUGCGGGAUGAUCUUCGGCAUCGUCAUCGGCUCGAUAGUGGGGCUCGUCAUCCUCUGCUGCGUCUGUGUCGGUCUCGGGCACUGUAUUGGGAGAUGCGUGCAGGAAGACAGGCUCAUGAAGCAGCAGAGGUUGGCCAACAGCCGACGGAGCCGCAUCAAGCCAACACUCACCAAGACGCCCCCGGCCUCGGGGAAGUGGAUCGGCACAUAUGUCGAGAAGGGCGGCCCCUACGGCGGGACCAAGUCGUUCACGACCACCUACAAGCUGACUUUCGACUAUGACGGCACUGUCACGGGGACUGGCACCGACGCGGACGGCACCUUCACAGUCAACGGCGUCUAUAGCGCCAAGAGUGGUCGGAUCUCGUGGGGCGAGAUGGGCACCGACAACCUCCGUGUGGACGUCAGCGGCCGGUUCGACGUCAGCCGGCGAUCUAUCAGCGGCCGAUACCACGCCAACACCGGCGUGAGCAACGCCAUCGCCAUUCGCUUCAUGGAGGCUGAUGCAUCCCUCGCCCCCACGACCAAGCCGCCGGCCGUCACCGUCAUGACGCCCACGGCCCCCCUGGCGCCCACAACGGUGAAUGUGGUGCAGAUGGAGCCGAUCCCGGUGUACAGUGGGUCGGACACGACGGCGCCCUCGUCGUUUGCGGGGCCGGACAAGCCGGCCGUGUUGACUAACUGGGCGGCCUAGCUGUGGGGGAGUCAUGUCUGUCAUGUGUGUGUGUAGGAUAGAGGGUGGGGUGUGACAAUGGCAGGGAGCGACGGAGGGGACGGCAGCAUGGGAUGUGAUGUGACGGCUGUGGAUGAUGGGUGUGUGUGGGGGCCUGUAUAGGUAGGGGUGAGAUGGGUGGGUGGCUGUUCAAUUGUGGCUGUUCGUGUUUCGUGCGCCUCGGUGUCUACCUGCGUGUGCGGCCUGUGGUGUGUGGUGUGUGGCCUGUGGUAUGUGGUGUGUGGUAUGUACUCGUACUCGUCCUCGCCUCCCGAGUACGCGAGUAUGAGUACUAUACACACACACAUACUACACACACACAUACAUACACUCAGAGAUACACACAGACAUGCGGCCUUCGUCGCCUUGUCGUUCAUGCAGUUUGUGUCAGUGAUUUUUGUCAGCCAGUCGACCUGUCGUGUGGCGUGGCGUGGCUGAGCCGGCAGAGAGGCUCAAAAGUCGUGUCUUUAUGGUGUAGGGUGUAGGAUAUCCAUUCGUGUGUGCGUGUGUCGUGUGUGUGCAUGGUCAGCGAGCCCCACCAGUGGUGGUCUGUUUAUUACAUCUCUGUGCCACCAGAGCAACCUGCUUGCCGCCCCCUGUGUGUAGCAGCCAUCUGUGCCUUUAUCGUGCGUGUCGUAUAUAAGUGUGUGUGUGUGUGUCUUCAAGUGUCACUGAGGUGUGUACGAGAGAUUCGGUAAGAGGUCUGUCUUUCCUUUCGGCUGAUUUUCCUUCCGUGAGUUUUGCUGAUCGUUUCAAGCAGAGCUGCCGGGCUGGCGUGUGUGCCGGGGCAGCGCUCUGUAGGGUCCCUUUAUGCGUCUGUGCGAGAG